UUUUGAUCUGACGACUUUUGUGACACUUUUACAUUUGGCUUUUGUCAGUAAUCUAUCGUUUUAGCUGAUGUAUGACACCCAAAGCUUGCCACGCAUCCAUUGGUGAUAUCUCAAUGCGUUUCAUUCUUCUCCACCUUAGAAGGUAUAGUCCAUCAGCAACAUCUCUUCCUAAAAAAAUGGUUAGAGUUUUGAAUGUUGCUGAGAAAAAUGAUGCUGCUAAAUCUUUAGCGAAUGUUCUUUCACAUGGUCAAUGUAGAAAGCGUGAAGGGUUCUCAAGGUUCAACAAAAUUUAUGAAUUUGAGUAUAAAUUAAUGAAUGAAGAUGUGACUAUGACAAUGACCUCAGUUUCUGGACAUCUGCUUGGGCUAGAGUUUACUGGGUCAUUUAAAAAGUGGGGAGCCUGUAAUCCUGUUGAUUUGUUCAGUGCUCCAGUCAUGAAGCAUUGCCCCCAAGAUUACAAUGAUAUCAAGAGAACCUUAGAACAAGAGAUCAGAGGCUGUCAAUCUUUAAUUAUUUGGACUGAUUGUGAUCGUGAAGGAGAAAAUAUAGGCUUUGAAAUAAUUCAUGUUUGUCAAGCAGUGAAACCGAACAUUAAAGUUUAUAGAGCCAAGUUCUCAGAGAUUACACCUCAAGCUAUUACCAGAGCCAUCAAUAAUUUAGCUGCCCCUGAUGCCAGAAUUAAUGAUGCAGUUGAUGUUCGCCAAGAAUUAGAUCUACGUAUAGGAGCAGCUUUUACAAGAUUUCAAACUCUGAGGCUGCGAAAAACUUUCCCUCAGGCAUUAUCUGAGCAGCUGAUCAGUUACGGGAGUUGUCAGUUUCCUACUUUGGGAUUUGUUGUAGAGAGAUACAAACAAGCACAGGCAUUUGUUCCUCAACCAUUCUCGAACAUAAGGGUGUUACAUCAACAUGAUGAGGUUAAAGCAGAUUUUAGUUGGCAAAGGAAUCGAUUGUGUGAAGAUUUAUAUAACUGUUGCCUUGAAAAUCCUGUAGCCACUGUAAUUGAUAUAAAAAGUAAGAGCAAAAGCAAAUGGCGACCACAGGCAUUGGAUACAGUUGAAUUAGAAAAAUUAGCAUCAAGUAAGCUAAAGAUUAAUGCCAAGGAAACAAUGAAAAUAGCAGAACAUCUCUACACACAAGGUUUCAUUAGUUAUCCACGUACUGAAACAAACAUUUUCCCCAAAGAAAUGGAUUUGGCAGCUCUAGUAUCUGAACAAACAAGAGACCCAGAUUGGGGAGAGUUUGCCCAGCAAGUUUUAAAAAAUGGGAUAAAUCCUAGAAAUGGUACCAAAACUGAUCAAGCUCAUCCACCUAUUCACCCAUUGAAGUAUACUGCUACCCUACAGGGUAAUGAUAAGAAGGUGUAUGAAUUUAUAGUGCGGCACUUUUUGGCUUGUGUAUCUCAAGAUGCCCAGGGACAUGAAACUAUAGUAGAUAUCAACAUUGCAGAUGAAAUAUUUUCAGCACAAGGUUUAGUGAUUCUAGCCAAAAACUUCCUAGAUGUAUAUCCUUAUGAUAGAUGGAAUGCUAAAGAAAUUCCACUCUAUAGACAGGGAGAUCAGUUUGAGCCAAACUCAAUUGAGAUAGUUCCUGCAGAAACAAGUGCGCCACUUCUACUUACUGAAGCUGAUCUCAUCUCCUUGAUGGAGAAACAUGGCAUUGGUACUGAUGCAACUCAUGCUGACCAUAUUGAGACGGUUAAGGCUCGUAAGUAUGUAGGUCUAAGACCUGAUGGUAGAUUUGUACCUGGCCAAUUAGGCAUGGGAUUAGUUGAAGGUUAUGAAAGUAUGGGUUAUGAAAUGUCCAAACCAAAUUUAAGAGCAGAGUUAGAAGCAGACCUAAAAUUAAUAUGUGAAGGGAGAAAAACAAAAGAAGAGGUCUUAAGUGUCCAGAUACAGAAAUACAAGGAAGUGUUUAUUGAAGCUUGUAAUAAGGCACAGAAACUUGACGAAGCUUUGUCACAAUAUCUGGGUGAGGUGCAGGAAACUCCCCAGACUGCAGGUGAAGUAGCUACAACUACAUCAGUUGUAAUGACUUGUUCAAAAUGUGGAAGUCCAAUGACAUUACGCACAGAGAAAGAUAAUAAAGGUUCAUAGAAAACCCAAACCCAAAUGUCCAGAGAGAAAUGAAGAAUGUUG